CAAGAAGCACAUGGAAAAUGGAUGUGAACACCCGAAAAUCAUAUGUCCGCAGCUAUUGCGGUUGUCGUUGUCUGAAGAAGGAAAGUGAACUUGAGAACCUGCUCUGCAUGAGAGGUAGGAUCUUUGAUGGAAGCUGGACUAACGUAUGUAAGCCUGGGCCACCAGUUGAUGAUCGAGUGAGCGGAUAGAAAACUACGAGGAU